CCAUGGAGUCUCCACUGCCGCUUCCUCUGCCGCGAUCGCUCCAGGAGAUGAUCCUCGCCAAGCUCCCGCUCGAAGAUCUCCUGCGAUCGCGCACGGUUUGCAAGUUCUGGCGCCGCAUUUCCACGACAAAGAGCUUCUUGCGGAGGUAUGAGAUGGUCAUCAGCGCCAAGCCAUGGUUUCUCUUCAUUCAUGGCCGCACGGGCUUCGUGAUUGGAAAUGAUGCGAUGACCGGCAAGCCAAGGCGCUUCUCUCGCCAGCCGUGGAUCCCUACGGCGCAGGACACUAGCAUCGUCUCGUGCUCGCUCGGCCUCCUGCUGCUCCAGGACUCCCAGGGCCAUUUCACCGUGGUGAAUCCUCUCACCAAGGAGACCAAGAAGCUCCCGGCGUUGGAUAUGAGCUCUGGCAAAGAGAUCGUCUACUCCGCCAUCCAGUGCUCGCGUUCGGCCUCUUCAUACAAGGUUUUCACCAUGGGUGUGAUGGACGCGGACGAGAUCAGUGGAUUUCUCUACAAAAUGAGCGUCGUCCAGCCGGUAGACCGCCCGAUCCCAGUGCCGGACAUUCAUGACUACAAGCAGCCCUUCAUGCGCGUCUACUGCUCCGAGACUGGUUCCUGGACGUCCAUCACCGGGUUUCCUCCAGGAUUUGUGCUCCCUUUCCGCGCUCUAUGCAAGGUGCACCAGUGUUUCAUCGCAAACUCGCUGCUCUACUGCACCUCCAACAACGUCAACAACCGUCCCGAGAAGAUUGCUCGCUUUGACAUCCCCAAAAUGGAGUGGCUUCCGACUCCGGUGGACAUCCCAGAGGACUUGAUGCUUAUGAGCUUCAUGAUUGACAGCAGCAGCGAAACGAUGAUAGUCGUAGCUGACAAAGACACGGGCAAGUUAUUCAAGGCUGUGAUCGAGCAGGAGAAGCUGGUGAUUGCAGCGGAGCUCCAGGUGCCGAGCGAGAUCCUGCCGACGAACAAGCUUAUGUUCGGGAUGAUGGAGGUGUGGGGCUUCGGACAUGCGCUUUUCCUUCACGUCCCGGUGCAAAAGAGCAAUGCAUGGGAUCUCAAGAAGUGGGACGGCCGAUCUCUCAUGUACGAAGGCAAGAACAUUGCGGAGGAGCCGACGAUGCAGUGCUGGUUUGUCAGUCUGCACAACUCUGCCGUCUACUUCCAGUGCUUGCCCGAGCCUCAUCUUCCAAUCGGCACGGUCAUGAGUGGAGCUGCGGAUCUUCUCAAGCUUGUCUACACUCCCAGCCUUCGUUUCCCCAGAGGCAAGUUUCACACAAUCAAUCUUUUAGCUCCUCCUGUUCUGUUUAUCAAGAUACUUGCGAGUGGUUCUUUCCUUUCAGUUUUACGACUCAAGAGAAACAGGUCUCUUUCUUGUGAUAAUGAAACUCGUGACAUUCUCUUGGUCGUAGAUCAUUCUUCCAUUGAGGGGCUCAAGUACUCAAGCCGCCAUAUCAGAGCAUUGGCAACUUGGAGAAUGUCCGACUCAAUCCUAUCCAGUUAAGCACUCAA